AUGGCAGCCGAGGCAGGGACGCUCGAGCUGCCCUUCGUCCGCGAUGACCAGCUCACCCGGUGCAUGCGCCUGCGAUUCCAGAGCCUGCAGCAAAAAAACGUGAGGCCCCAGGAUGGUGAGAAGCUGCUGCGUCCCAACGAGCACAUCUACCGAGUGGAUUUCAUCCGGCAGCACAACCUGCGCUUCCUCCGCUGGAACAUCCAGCUGGAGAGACCUGGGAAGGUCACGGUGACUGGCACCUCCCAGCACUGGACUCCUGAUCUCACCCACCUUAUGAACCGGCAGCUGCUGGAGCCGGUGGGCAUCUUCUGGAAGAAGCCAGGGGCCAAGGAGGUGGAGUGCAACGAGGCAGAUGCCCAGGAAUUUGGGGAGCGGAUAGCGGAGUUAGCUCAGAUCCGCAAGGUGAUGUAUUUUCUCCUCGCUUUCACCGACGGCCUCGAACCAGCUCAGCUGAAGGGCUCUGUCGUUUUUAAAGCCUGA